UCGGCCGAGGCGUAAGGUAACUCUAAAGUAUUUCUCCGAAGUGACACUAUUACUACCAACAAUAAUAGUAUUGAUGAUGGGGACCAUAUUUCUAAUAAGGGAACAUUUAUGAUUAUAGUACUUUUAAAGAAAACUGAUUUUUCAGCUGAAGGCUACAGGGAGAACCAACAAUGUCAAUAAUAACACUGCAGCUGGGGCAAUGUGGCAACCAAGUUGGAGGUCAACUUUUCUCCUUUAUCAUGGAUGAUCUUCAUGCAUCAGUGUCAUCUCUUAACAUCCCACCAAAAGCUAAUGGCGAAUACAUACAUGAGACACAAAAAACAUUUUUCUCAGAACAGAAAAAGUCCCCAGUCCCUGCAGCAAGAGCUGUGAUGGUUGACAUGGAGACCAAAGCUGUUUCACAAACUUUGGCAGAAGCAAAGCGGAGUGGCAGAUGGAUUUAUCCAGAGAAGAAGCAGCUGCUUCAGAAAAGGGGUUCAGGGAACAACUGGGCUCAUGGAUUCUGUAUCAAUGGUCCAGCUGUGCGAGAUGAUAUUCUAGAAAUGGUCCAAGGCGAAGUGGAAAAGUGUGAUCGUCUUGGAGGUUUUUUGUCACUGCUUAGUUUAGCUGGAGGUACAGGAUCAGGUGUUGGGGCCUUUGUUACAGAGAUUCUUAGGGAGGAGUUUCCAUAUGCGUUCAUGAUGAACCAAGUAGUAUGGCCUUACCAAACAGGGGAGAUAAUUGUGCAGAACUACAAUGCAGUGUUGACACUAUCAAACCUUUACCAAACAGCUGAUGCUAUAAUGGUGAUGGAAAACGAUGAACUGCACAAAAUUUGCACACAGCUUUUGGGCAUUAAGAAGAUAUCUUUUAGAGACAUCAACAAAGUCCUUAGUCACAAGCUUGCCAGCUUCCUUUUACCAGCACAGACAAAGGAGUUCCCUUUGGGAAGAGAACUUGGGUGGAAAUUGCAGCACCUAGCGCCACAUCCUGAUCAUAAACUUCUUACGAUUCGCAAUAUCCCUCAAAUGUCAGAAAGAGCACUAGAAUUUAGCACCUACCAAUGGGCGGGGCUGCUUAAACAUCUGCGACAAAUGCUGAUUGCUGAUGCCCCCAUGGAGGAAGGUAUUGACUGGCAAGUGAAAGUGGAGGAAACACCCCGAGGUACUGCAAGACACAACCGUUCUUUGGCAGCAUCUCUCAUCUUGCGAGGCAAAGACUCCUAUUCAGCUGAUCCUGGAAUUUUUCGGGAUCAGAGCCUCUUCACUCCUUGGAUGUCACCUGACAUGGCUUUCAACGUGGCCACGCAACCUCGAUCCUUUAGUGGCUAUGAAAAAAGUGCAGUGUUAGUCAGUAACAGUCGCUCUGCUAUCAGGCCCCUUGAUCAGAUUUUAGAAAAGGCAUGGAACAUGUUUGCCUCUCGGGCCUACGUACACCAGUAUAUACAACGAGGUCUUUCAGAAGAGGAUUUUCUGGAUGCCUUCGUUAUGCUGGAGCAAGUUGUGGCCAGUUACAAAAAACUUUAAUAUUAGAUCAAGAAAAAUAUAAUUAGACUUUUGUUCGCUUUCAUCACAUUUCAGAUUUCUGGUUAGUAUUUAAACGCAAAUGACUAUGCCUAAUAUAUACUGCAUUAUGUUACACCUGUUCCCAGAGAUGUUUAGAGUUUUCACUCACUACUAAUACACGAAGUGCUGGUGAAGUUAUUAUCAUCAAUGGUUCUUUCAGACAGCUGUGCAAGAAAGGGUGAUGAUUCUUUCACUUAUAUUGCUUUUGUUGUUUCUCUUUGAGGAUCUACUUUAGUUUGGUUUUUUUUUUUUACAAAUGAUACACUUGAAAUAUGAUACAAUGCGGGGAAUGAAUGUGUGAUAAAAACAGAAGUGUCUUUCACAGCUGGCUAUACUUAAAUUUUAUUUAAGAUUUUUAUACCUGACAUUUUUUCAAUAUUAUAGAACUCGUGAAUAAAGAAUUUAUUUGUAUGGUCCACAUUACAAAUUAAAAACUAUUUUCUGAUAAGAAAAGAAUAUCAUCUCCUGCUAUAUAUUUCACUCUAUUGUGAAUACUAUUGUGAAGUUCUUUCAGGGGUAAAAUUUAUCUAUACUGUGUAUUUAGGAAAAGUAAUAACUUACUGUGAUAAGUAAUUAGAGUUUAAUUCUUUCUACAUUCUUCUUUGUUUUAUAUAUGUGUAUGUGUGCUAUGAUGAGGCCAAAAACUUUUUGUUCAGCUCUCCCUGAUCCUGGACUCUAAGACCAAACUAAGAAGCCUUGAUGGCACUUUAACGGAUUGUAAAGGCAAAAAUAAAGUUGCUUAAAAUCUCGUAAAGAGUAGGACAGAUGACUGGGAUGUUUAAUUUUUAAUGCACUGUUGGCAUAGUAAAUUUUGCUCUUUGGUAAACAGCUGGGUUGGCCUGUAGCUGGAUGAUGCAUAGAAGUCUGACAAACUCCUUAUUUUAGCCGAUUGCUUCGCAUUAACCAUCAGGCUACGGUGUAGUAGCCUGCGGGGCACCCGGCCUAGUGAAGAGGCGCAAAUCCGAAGAUCACCAAAAAAAAGAACACCGAAGAAUGGGAGAUAACAAGCAAAACUUUUUUAUGUGUCUUACGUCCCUUUGAUUAGUUUAUUCUCUGCCAGUUUGAAUGAGUUGUUUAGUGUGGCGUCUAUGCACGUAGUCAAAAUGCUCAGGUUAUUAGCUUGAGUAUUCUUUUAGUAGCUUAACUAAGUAAAUUGAACAACAUUUUAAUUCAGGUGGACCUUUGAAAACCUUAUCAAAGAGACUGAUAUAAACUUUACACCAAAAUUUGUUUGAUUGUUUUAUGGUUAAUUGCUGUUUAUUCGUUUGUGCUCAGCGCAUUGAGAUCACCUCCACACAAAUUAUUUGUUUUACAAAUCUGAUUAUUAAUAUUUAAGGAAGAGAAAUACAGAGAUAGAAACGACAACAGCAAGAAAUAAACUUUAAAGCUUUACAAGAAUGUAACAAUUGGAAUCUACAACCACCAAGACCAUAAACCAGAGACAGGCUGUAUUGUGGAAUGACAACAUGCUUAAAACGCUGUUUACCUUGCAGAGAUACUAACAAGCCGUAGACAAGUGACUACACCUAUUAGCAGCAUGUAACAGCAGAUAGAAAGACAUCAAUGACAGGAACUCGAAAUCUUUAUGUAACUGAUGCGUGAAUGUAUUUGGAAUGAAGUCGGGUGGUAGUGGUGGUGUCUGUGUAACAAUUGUGUGUAUGACUAAAUAAUAAAUGGAUUGUAAAAGCGUAGGUUUACGAAAGAUUUUAUAGAAAAAGUCGCAUUUACUUACUGGUAUUUCCAGCAAAUUAUUAUUAUUAUUAUUAGUUGAAGAUACACGAUUACGUCCGCAUGCCUAAACAUUCUGUUGGCUGUCGCUCGGGAGUUUACGUCUGACGACGAAAUCAUUUUUAUUUGCCACAACAUUACAGUUCAUGUCGAGGAAAAUAAAGGACUUGUGAACCAAUC